AUGAAUUCAAUGACUUCAGCAGGCCCCCAGGCCAAUACUGUGUUUAUGAUGGCACCCCACAAUGGAUAUCCUGUGGUCCCAGGAAGCAUGUCUCAGGUGCCCCAAUAUCCACUCAACCAGCCCCAAAUCCACACAAUUUCUGGGAAUCUACAUGGUUUGGAGCCGCCUGUAUAUACGCAACCUGACCAGAGAUCCUUUAAAGCGGGAAAGGUUUUAGGGGCCAUCCAAAUCCUGAUCGGCCUGAUACACAUUGGCCUGGGCAACAUCAUGGGGACCAUCAUCCCUGGGGGCUACACCGCUGUCUCAUUCCAGGGAGGCUAUCCCUUCUGGGGAGGCAUCUUGUUUGUCAUUUCAGGAUCCCUCUCAGUGGCAUCAGAACACCUACCAAGAUCUUCUUGCCUGCUGAAUGGCAGCUUGGCCUUGAACAUCAUCAGUGCAAUCUGUUCUAUGGUUGGAAUCUCGCUGUUCAUCACAGAUCUGAUUAUCAACCCCCUACAUUAUUACUACCCCAACUACUAUCCUUACUGGGGUGUGUACCCUGGAGUAGUUACUUCUGCUGUGCUGUUCAUCUUUAGCCUCCUGGAGUUCUGCAUUGCCUGCACGUCUGCCCACUUUGGCAACCAGCUACUCCGCCAUUUACACAACAGCCAGCCGAUGGUCUUCCAAACCAUCUACACCAAUCCAGAACCAUUGAACUCGCCACCAAGUUAUUUCAAUGUGGUUCAGCGCUCCUGA